GGGCCCUCCAGCGCCCGUCAACCUCAUAGCGAAGCCAUUAGGAGCCUGCUCUACCAGAUUAUAUCGGCCGCAGGCGAAUAGGGCCUUGUUUGCAAGUUUUUAGGGGCAGCUCCAGUCGGGAGCACUAGGCGCCAUGUCGAUGAAGACGCUUGCCGACUACAUUAGGUGGCGCAACAAAGAGCCCAUUAAGGCCUCUGUGGAGGAGUGGCGCCCCCCGGUCCCGGUCAUCAACUAUGACAAGCCUCAGAACGACGUGCUCUCGGCCCUUGACAAGGACCCUAUUGUCCGGCGAGUGCUAAUUAACCCUAAGGUCAAGCCCCCACGCGUGUUCCCCAUCCUGGGCUCGCCGGGCUACCAGUUCUUCGCCGGGCUCUGGACUGGUGCCAUGCUUACGUUUAUUUUCACCAGCAAGCCGCUGGGCCGCAAGGAGGUGGAGGAUCUCGUCAAGUAUGACCCGGCAUACUUCCCGGAGUACGCAAAGUCGCACUAAGUAGCGGCCGGGCGUUGGCGUGCCGGGCGAGGGGGCCGCUACUAGCGUGCUGGAGCGGGCGCCUUGCAAGCUCGGCUGGAGGCUCGGCCUUCCACAGGCAGCGCACAGCACGCAAGAAGAGAAGGGGUAGCGCUCUGGUGAUGCAAGCUGGUGAAAGCUAUGAGGAUAGCAGGACGAGGCGUGUGGGCACUGCAGCGUGCGUGGACCUAAGCGCAUCCUGCGCACCACCUCAGAGCAGCCGGCGCCUGCUGCAUGCAGCUGCUAUGCCAGCUUGAGGAGUGCGGCACUAAGCUUAUCGUGAUAGGUGUGACUUGUGCUUCGCGUGGUACUCGCGCGUGAGACUCUUGAAAGACUGGAAGGGCAGACAGACGGGUGGGCCCCUGGAGGCCAGCAGCACUUUCGUUGCAGUGCAUGCAGGGUUUGCGUGGUGACGGUUUAGCUGAUUAGGAAUAGGAUAGUUCUAAGAAUGUAUAGGCUGUGGUUAGGAAUUAGAGAAACUGCCUCUUCAUGAAGGAAGCGGCAAGGGUUGACUGUACCCUGGGACCAUUUCACAUGCGGAAUGCAUGUGCGCGGCAAAUGCAACCUAUUGCGUUGCAAGAUGUAAAUGCUAAACGAU